AUGCAAUCAAAUGAGCUGAAUGAUAUACCUGUUACCAGAGAGCUUCUUGAAUAUUACAAAUCUAGAUUGUUUUUGGCAGAGCAAGCUACUUAUGAUGAUUUAUUUGGACGUCUUCAAGAAAUUCAACAUGGGUUAUCACGGAUGCACUCACUUGAGAGGUCACUUCAAGAAGCAAUUGAGGAGAUUGAGUCUAUGAAUGAGAAAAAUAUUGAGCUUGCUUAUAUUUUGAAAGAGGUUGUUGGUGAAAAUAUUGGGCUUCGACUGAAAGUGCAAUCUAUAAAUCAGAAAAAUGGUUAUGAUACGUUUAAUUGUCAUAAAGUUAUGAGUGAAUAUCCUAAACAUAAACAAUAUUAUGAAACGAUUAUUUCUUUGCUUAAAAGUAAAAUUGAUGCCAGAAAAAAGCCAUUGAAUGAUGGAAAACGUAUGAAUGAACUCAUUACUAAGUGUGAGAAGCUUGAACGUGUGGUUUCAGAAGGUGUUCAUGAAGUUCUUCGUGAAAGAAAAGUAAGAGAAAAUUGUGAAGUACAGCUUAAAGAAGCUAUUCUUAAACUUGAUUUUCAAGAAAAAGAUCUGAAGCAGAAGAUUGAUGAAAUAAAUUAUAAUUCAAAAAUCAGAUUAGAUCAAGACGCAAACGAAAAGUUUCUUUUACAGCAACAAAACGAAGAAUUAAAACAUAAAUUAAUAGAAUGUCAGAACAAAAUAGAUAAUAUAAAAAAACACUCAUAUGAUACAAUUCAGGAAUUUGAAAAACAAAUUAAGGAGCUGAAAAGGAGACGUUCUACGAAAAUAAAUUCUGAGCUUUUUACGGAAAUUGCAUUUUUAUACACAAAAAUAAAGUCCAUUGAAAGAAUUGCUUUAAAAUUUGCACCCCUUGAAGGUCAUCGUGUUAAUGAAUUGUUUUCUGAUAUCGAAUUUGUCAAAAAAAGAGCGCAUCAUAUAGAAAAUGCCUUAUUUGAACGAAAAAAAAAGUAUAAAUGUUAG